CGCAGCCACCGCGCCGGCCGCAGCCCGUUCUCUCCCGCGCCGAGCCCCGCAGCCUUCGCCGCCUCCCCGGGAAGCAGCGCGGCGGCCGCUCGCGAGCGCACCCCUGCCCAGCCUGCUGUCCAGCCCACGGCCACGGCCUCGCUGCACUAGAGCGCACGGAGCAUGUGCAGAUCCACAGGCGCUGCGGUGCUAACAGGCGCUCUCCGGCAGCGGUGACUGACUGUCACGCCGAGAGAGACCUCUCGGGGGCUCUUACCGCGCCUCUGCUGCGUAGCAGGUGACACUGCGGUGCUUGCGACCCUGGUGACCGCCGCCUCUCGGUGGAGACGUCUCGGCCCCGUGCGCCUUCCCUCCCUGUCUCUCCUCGCUGGCUCUUGGCCUCGCCUGCUCACCCCCGCGACCGCUGGAGCGCAACGCGUGCGUCCCUUUGCCUUUGCCUGUUCCAAGACCGCCUCCCCACUUCGAAGAUGCAGUGACUAGUUACAGUACUAUGGGCGUCCGAACCUCGGCUCCCCAGGUGGAAAAUUACCAGAGGCAGCGCUCCCUGAACGCCCAGAGCUCCUGAGCAAGCCAGCUGUAGCGUCCGUCCAGGUGGGACCCGUCGAGCGCAAAACCGGGUCCCCUGCGCACCCCCGCACGCCAGAUCGCUCGACUUCCCCACCCCGGGGUUCUCUUUUUUCUCCCCUGGUGGUGGGCGCCUCGUGGGCCGAGGCCCGGCGCCUGCUCCAUUGCCCGCGCUGCCUUUAGCGGUUGCCCCCGCCGCCGCUGCCAGGGACGUGCUGGGAAAGCCGAAGCCCCGGGAGAAGAUGCCGGCCAUCCUGGUAGCCUCCAAGAUGAAGUCGGGACUGCCCAAACCGGUGCACAGUGCCGCGCCCAUCCUUCACGUGCCCCCGGCCCGGGCUGGCCCCCAACCCUGCUACCUUAAGUUGGGGAGUAAGGUGGAGGUGAGCAAGACCACCUACCCGAGCCAGAUUCCCCUGAAAUCGCAGGGGCUGCAGGAGCCGGCAGGGGAGGUGCUUCCGCUACGGAAGAGCGGCUCGGUCGAAAACGGGUUCGAUACCCAGAUCUACACGGACUGGGCCAAUCAUUAUCUGGCCAAAUCUGGCCACAAACGUCUCAUCAAGGAUCUCCAGCAAGAUGUGACCGAUGGUGUCCUCCUGGCUCAGAUCAUCCAGGUCGUGGCAAAUGAAAAGAUUGAAGACAUCAAUGGCUGCCCGAAGAACAGAUCGCAAAUGAUUGAAAACAUAGAUGCCUGCUUGAAUUUCCUGGCAGCUAAGGGGAUAAACAUCCAGGGGCUAUCUGCAGAAGAAAUCAGGAAUGGAAACCUCAAGGCCAUCCUAGGCCUCUUCUUCAGCCUCUCCCGAUACAAGCAGCAGCAGCAGCAGCAGCCCCAGAAGCAGCAUCUCUCUUCCCCUGUGCCACCUGCCGGGUGUCCUGCGGCCGGGGUCCCCUCCCAGUGCCAGGCUGGCACCACUCAGCAACAGGUGCCAGCUGCUCCCCAAGCCCUGUGCCAGCCUCACCAGCCAGCACCACACCAGCCAUCAAAAUCACAAGCUGAAAUGCAGUCCAGUGCAGCACCCAAGGACUCAUCUCAAAGCAAAAUCAUCCGCUUCACUCUGGGUCAGAGAAAGAUCUCUAGACUUCCGGGUCCUACAGCCAGGGUAUCUGCUGCAGGCAGUGAAGCCAAAACUCGAGGAGGGUCAGCCACAGCUAACAACCGGCGCAGCCAGAGUUUUAACAACUAUGAUAAGUCCAAGCCAGUCACCUCACCGCCCCCACCUGCAGCACCGAAUAGCCACGAAAAAGAAUCACUGACAAGCUCAGCCUCCUCCCACCCCGGCAUGAGCGAAAAUGUACCUCCCUCCUUGGACAUCACCAGCACCCCUGCACCCACUAACUGCGCUGCGUCCUCCGCCAUCCCCCAGCCCGCCACAGCCGCCUCCAAGCCCUGGCGCAGCAAGUCACUCAGUGUCAAACACAGCGCCACCUCUGCUAUGCUCUCCGUCAAGCCUCCAGGGCCCGAGGCCCCCAGACCCACGGCCGAAGCCAUGAAGCCAGCUCCCAACAAUCAGAAGUCCAUGCUGGAAAAGCUAAAACUAUUCAACAGCAAAGGAGGCUCCAAGGCAGGAGAGGGCCCUGGGUCCCGAGAUGCGAGCUGUGAGCGACUUGAGAUCCUGCCCAGCUUCGAGGAGAACGAGGAGCUGGAAACCGCGGGCCGCACACUGGCCACCACAGGCCCUGCGUCCAGCAGCCCCAAGAUUGCACUCAAGGGCAUCGCCCAACGGACUUUCAGCCGGGCUCUAACCAACAAGAAGAGUUCCCCUAAAGGCAAUGAGAAAGAGAAGGAAAAACAGCAGCGUGAGAAAGAGAAGGAGAAAGGCAAGGACCUCACCAAGAGAGCUUCGGUGACUGAGAGACCGGACCUCAAGGAGGAGCCCAAGGAAGAACCCAGUGGCACAGCUGUGACUGAGAUGCCAAAAAAGUCCUCCAAGAUCGCCAGCUUCAUCCCCAAAGGAGGGAAGCUGAGCAGCACCAAAAAGGAGCCCACUGCCUCUCCUCACAGUGGGAUACCGAAACCGGGGAUGAAGGGUAUGCCUGGGAAGUCCCCAAGUGCCCCUGCACCUCCCAAGGACGGGGAGCGGAGCCGGAAUGGGAAGCCGAGCUCGGGGUUCCCAUCCCAGAAGCCCCAGCUCGAUGGCCGCCACUCCAGUUCCUCCUCCAGCCUGGCAUCCUCCGAGGGAAAAGCCUCGGCUGGGACCACUCUGAAUCAUAGCAUUAGCAGCCAGACCGUGAGUGGGUCUGUCGGGAGCACCCAGACCAUAGGAAGCAAUACUGUCAGUGUUCAGCUACCUCAGCCUCAGCAGCAAUACAGCCAUCCCAACACUGCCACGGUUGCACCCUUCCUGUACAGGUCCCAGACAGACACCGAGGGGAAUGUCACUGCCGAGUCCACCCCCACGGGUGUGAGCGUGGAGCCUGGCCACUACAACAAGAGUGGGCAGCCUGCCCUGGAGGAGCGCACAGGGGAAGAUCCUGAGGCUCGACGGCUGCGGACUGUGAAGAACAUCGCUGAUCUGCGGCAGAACUUGGAAGAGACCAUGUCCAGUUUACGGGGAACUCAGGUUACACACAGCACAUUGGAAACUACAUUUGAUACCAGCGUCACCACAGAGAUAAGUGGCCGCAGCAUCCUCAGCUUGACUGGAAGGCCCACUCCUCUGUCCUGGAGACUUGGUCAGUCCAGCCCUCGGCUCCAAGCGGGAGAUGCCCCCUCCAUGGGCAACGGGUACCCACCUCGAGCCAAUGCCAGCCGGUUCAUCAGCACCGAGGCAGGCCGCUAUGUGUACUCAGCGCCUCUCCGAAGGCAGCUGGCCUCGAGGGGCAGCAGCAUCUGCCACGUGGAUGUCUCGGACAAGGCAGGUGACGAGGUGGACCUGGAAACCAUCAGCAUGGACGCUCCAGGCUACAUGAGCGAUGGCGACGUUCUGAGCAAAAACAUCCGGACUGAUGACAUCACAAGCGGGUACAUGACCGACGGGGGACUCGGCCUCUACACGCGUCGCCUGAACCGGCUCCCAGACGGGAUGGCUGUGGUGCGUGAGACCCUGCAGCGAAACACCUCCCUGGGCCUGGGCGACGCCGACAGCUGGGACGACAGCAGCUCCGUCAGCAGUGGCAUCAGUGAUACCAUCGACAACCUCAGCACGGAUGACAUCAACACCAGCUCUUCCAUCAGCUCCUACGCCAACACACCUGCCUCUUCCCGCAAGAACUUGGACGUGCAGACGGAUGCUGAGAAACACUCGCAAGUGGAGAGGAAUUCCCUGUGGUCCGGCGAUGAUAUCAAGAAAUCUGACGGGGGGUCCGACAGCGGCAUAAAGAUGGAGCCGGGGGCCAAGUGGAGGCGGAAUCCCUCAGACGUGUCGGAUGAGUCGGACAAGAGCACAUCAGGCAAGAAGAAUCCUGUCAUCUCACAGACAGGCUCGUGGCGGCGGGGCAUGACAGCACAGGUGGGCAUCACCGUGCCUCGGACGAAGCCAUCGGCCCCAGCCAGUGCGCUGAAGACACCAGGAACUGGAAAAACAGAUGAUGCAAAAGUGUCAGAGAAGGGAAGGCUUUCACCCAAAGCCUCCCAAGUGAAGCGGUCCCCAUCUGACGCAGGCCGCAGCAGUGGUGACGAGUCCAAAAAGCCCCUCCCCACCAGCUCCAGGACGCCCACCGCCAUUGCCAACAGCUUUGGGUUCAAGAAGCAAAGUGGCUCAGUGGCUGGGCUGGCCAUGAUCACAGCCAGUGGAGCUACUGUCACCAGCAGAUCAGCCACUCUGGGCAAGAUCCCAAAGUCGUCGGCGCUCGUUGGUCGGUCUGGUGGGCGGAAGACGAGCAUGGAUGGAACCCAGAAUCAGGACGAUGGGUAUCUGUCUCUCAGCUCCCGGACAAACUUGCAGUACCGGAGUUUGCCAAGGCCCAGUAAAUCCAACAGCCGGAAUGGUGCUGGGAACAGGUCUAGCACCAGCAGCAUUGAUUCCAACAUCAGCAGCAAGUCCGCAGGCCUGCCCAUACCCAAGCUGAGGGAGCCUUCGAAAACAGCCCUGGGCAGCUCGCUGCCAGGCCUGGUCAACCAGACAGAUAAGGAGAAAGGCAUCUCGUCGGACAAUGAGAGCGUAGCUUCCUGUAACUCAGUGAAAGUGAACCCAGCUGCCCAACCUGUGCUGAGCUCGGCCCAAGCCACCCUCCAGCCUGGGGCCAAGUACCCAGAUGUGGCCUCCCCCACACUCCGCAGACUCUUUGGUGGGAAGCCUACCAAGCAAGUGCCCAUCGCCACUGCUGAAAACAUGAAAAAUUCAGUGGUCAUCUCUAAUCCUCAUGCCACCAUGACCCAGCAAGGUAACUUAGAAUCCCCAUCAGGCAGUGGCAUCCUGAGCAGUGGGAGCAGCAGCCCUCUCUACAGUAAAAACGUGGACCUCAACCAGUCUCCUCUAGCCUCCAGCCCCAGCUCAGCUCACUCGGGCCCCUCCAACAGCCUUACCUGGGGCACCACAGCCAGCAGCUCCUCGGCGGUCAGCAAGGACGGGCUGGGCUUCCAGUCGGUCAGCAGCCUGCACACCAGCUGCGAGUCCAUUGACAUCUCCCUGGGGAGUGGAGGCGGGCUGAGCCACAAUUCCUCCACCGGCCUCCUCACCUCCUCCAAGGAUGACUCCCUGACGCCCUUUGUGCGAACCAACAGUGUGAAGACCACACUGUCGGAAAGCCCUCUCUCUUCCCCUGCUGCUAGCCCUAAGUUCUGCAGAAGUACUCUGCCCAGGAAGCAGGACAGUGACUCGCACCUUGAUAGGAACACUUUGCCUAAGAAAGGAGUCAGGUACACCCCCACCUCCCAGCUGCGCACGCAGGAAGAUGCGAAAGAAUGGUUGAGGUCCCACUCUGCUGGAGGCCUCCAGGACACCGCUGCCAAUUCCCCCUUUUCCUCUGGCUCCAGUGUGACUUCUCCGUCUGGAACAAGAUUCAACUUUUCCCAGCUGGCGAGUCCCACCACUGUCACCCAGAUGAGCUUGUCCAACCCAACCAUGCUGCGGACCCACAGCCUGUCCAACGCGGAUGGUCAGUACGAUCCGUACACCGACAGCCGCUUCCGGAACAGCUCCAUGUCACUGGACGAGAAGAGCAGAACCAUGAGCCGUUCAGGCUCCUUCCGGGAUGGGUUUGAAGAAGUUCACGGAUCGUCGCUCUCCUUGGUCUCCAGCACAUCAUCCAUUUAUUCUACACCAGAAGAAAAGUGCCAGUCGGAGAUCCGCAAAUUGAGACGGGAGCUAGAUGCUUCGCAGGAGAAGGUCUCAGCGCUGACCACCCAGCUCACAGCAAAUGCCCACCUCGUGGCAGCCUUCGAGCAGAGUCUGGGAAACAUGACCAUCAGGCUCCAGAGCCUCACUAUGACAGCCGAGCAGAAGGACUCAGAACUGAAUGAAUUGAGAAAAACCAUCGAGCUGCUAAAGAAACAGAACGCAGCUGCCCAGGCUGCCAUUAACGGAGUAAUUAACACUCCCGAGCUCAACUGCAAAGGAAACGGCACCUCACAGGCUGCAGACCUCCGCAUCCGCAGGCAGCACUCUUCCGACAGCGUCUCCAGCAUCAACAGCGCCACCAGCCACUCUAGCGUGGGCAGCAACAUCGAAAGUGACUCGAAGAAAAAGAAGAGGAAGAACUGGUUGCGCAGCUCCUUCAAGCAAGCUUUUGGGAAAAAGAAGUCCCCUAAGUCGGCAUCCUCUCAUUCGGACAUCGAGGAGAUGACGGAUUCCUCUUUGCCUUCCUCACCAAAGUUACCACACAACGGGUCCACAGGAUCAACUCCUCUGCUGAGGAAUUCUCACUCCAACUCUCUAAUCUCAGAGUGCAUGGAUAGUGAAGCUGAGACGGUCAUGCAGCUCCGAAAUGAGCUGAGAGACAAGGAGAUGAAGCUGACAGACAUCCGCCUGGAAGCCCUCAGCUCUGCCCACCAGCUGGACCAGCUCCGGGAGGCCAUGAAUAGGAUGCAGAGUGAAAUAGAGAAGCUGAAAGCUGAGAACGACCGGCUGAAGUCAGAGUCUCAGGGCAGCGGCUGCAGCCGGGCACCCUCCCAGGUGUCCAUCUCCACGUCACCCCGGCAGUCGCCGGGCCUCUCCCAGCACAGCCUGAACCUCACCGAGUCCACCAGCCUGGACAUGUUGCUGGAUGACACUGGUGAAUGCUCGGCUCGGAAGGAAGGAGGCAGGCAUGUUAAGAUAGUUGUCAGCUUUCAGGAGGAAAUGAAGUGGAAGGAGGACUCCAGACCUCACGUCUUUCUUAUUGGCUGCAUUGGCGUUAGUGGCAAGACCAAGUGGGAUGUGCUCGAUGGGGUGGUUAGACGGCUGUUCAAAGAGUACAUCAUUCAUGUGGACCCGGUAAGCCAGCUAGGCCUCAAUUCGGACAGCGUUCUGGGCUACAGCAUCGGGGAAAUCAAGCGAAGCAAUGCUUCGGAGACCCCCGAGCUCCUACCCUGCGGCUACCUGGUGGGCGAGAACACUACUAUCUCCGUGACCGUCAAAGGGCUCGCAGAGAACAGCCUGGACGCGCUGGUGUUCGAGUCCUUGAUCCCCAAGCCCAUCCUGCAGCGCUAUGUGUCGCUGCUGGUGGAGCACCGGCGGAUCAUCCUAUCUGGCCCCAGUGGCACCGGCAAAACCUACCUGGCCAACCGGCUGUCAGAGUAUGUGGUGCUUCGAGAGGGCCGGGAGUUGACAGAUGGGAUCAUCGCCACCUUCAAUGUGGACCACAAAUCCAGCAAGGAACUGCGCCAGUAUCUGUCCAACCUUGCCGACCAGUGCAACAGCGAGAACGACUCGGUAGACAUGCCCCUUGUCAUCAUCCUGGACAACCUGCAUCAUGUCAGCUCCCUGGGCGAGAUCUUCAACGGGCUGCUCAACUGCAAGUACCACAAAUGCCCUUACAUCAUUGGCACAAUGAACCAGGCUACCUCUUCUACCCCCAACCUGCAGCUUCAUCAUAACUUCAGGUGGGUGCUCUGUGCCAACCACACGGAGCCUGUGAAGGGUUUCCUGGGCCGGUUCCUGAGGAGGAAGCUGAUGGAGACGGAGAUCAGCGGGCGGGUGCGCAACGCAGAGCUGGUCAAGAUUAUCGACUGGAUUCCCAAGGUCUGGCAUCACCUCAACCGCUUCCUGGAGGCUCACAGCUCCUCUGACGUCACCAUUGGCCCCCGGCUCUUCCUAUCAUGCCCCAUCGAUGUGGAUGGCUCACGAGUGUGGUUCACCGACUUGUGGAACUACUCCAUCAUCCCCUAUCUCCUGGAAGCUGUCAGAGAAGGACUCCAGCUGUAUGGACGGCGUGCACCCUGGGAGGAUCCUGCCAAGUGGGUGAUGGACACCUACCCCUGGGCAGCCAGCCCCCAGCAGCAUGAGUGGCCCCCACUGCUGCAGCUGCGGCCUGAGGACGUUGGCUUCGAUGGCUAUGCCCUGCCACGAGAGGGGUCCACCAGCAAACAGGUGCCCCCCAGCGACGCUGAAGGAGACCCGCUGAUGAACAUGCUGAUGCGGCUACAGGAAGCAGCCAACUACUCCAGCCCCCAAAGCUACGACAGUGACUCCAAUAGCAACAGCCACCACGACGACAUCCUGGACUCGUCCCUAGAGUCCACUCUGUGACAGAGGCCUGGCUGUGGGCCCGCCCACCACUCCCCUCCUCACCCCGUUCCAUCGCGUCCUCCGCAUCGUCCCUGAGAUGACUUCCUGAGCCAGCCCUGGCUGCAGGCAGCCUGCGAGCCACAGAAGCACCAAGUCCCCUGCUCCUCCUCCAGCCACUGGGACUGCUUCCUGCCAUGGCCAGAACUGCACUACCAUCUGUCGGACUUUAAUCCUCGUUUUGCCUUGUUGCUGUGACCUCCCUAAAGACACUGAAGAUACCUCUCUCGGGAAAGAAUCAUCACCAUUGAAAUAAGAUGAAAAUCACUGACAGAGAACCAACCCACUGGAAGCUCUGAAACCAAACAGCGUCCUGUCAGGAGCUGCCCAGGGACAGAAGAGCCAGGAACAGAGCUGGUGUCACCCACAGACAGCUGCCCUGCAGCACAGAGCCUCCCGCAGCUGCAGCUGCCCCCAACCUCCCCUCAGCCCGUCCCAGAACUGGUGCUAGCGGGACACUGGCUCUGGUCACCCUCCACGCGCUGCAGAGCGCCGGCCGGGAAACCCGAGACAAAAACACAUUCUGCUCUUCUGUUUCUUAAAUGGUGCUGUCCUUCCCCGGGAGGUAUUUUGCCUGUUCUAGUUCAGUCCCUCACUUCGGGCCCCCAGCCCCUGAGGAUCCAUGAGUGUGCAUGACCGUGUAAGAGUGUGAGCGAGGGUGUGGCUGUCCAUGCAGAGCGGCUCGUGUGUGUCUCCUGUAUCGUGUCUCCACGAAUCAGGUUGGUUUUUAUUUUAUUCCUCUGCAAACACUGUGUCAAUCGAGCAGCGUUCUGCUGCAGAGAACAGAUGACCUGGGUGAGAUGAGAUUGAGUGUCUCCCUUCCUGACUCCUUUGAUUUUUGAAGAUGUUUCCCCUUCCACUCUUUGGGUGAGAAUUGAUCCUCUGGUGAACGUGAAGAGCCGCAGGAGUCGAGCUUGGGUUUGGUUGGUCCUGCUCCAUUUGGGCUCUGAGUUGUCCCUCUCCAGCGCUCUGCACACUCACCUCCUACUGCUGAGUCCAGGCAGCUUGUGUCCUUUCAGAUGUACGGGGACCCGUCCUCCUCUGGUGGGUGAGCCCUGGACCUGGCCUUUCCGUCUCAUCUUGAGGCACCCCAGCCCCAGCUUCAGGGUGGGUGGUGAGGACACCUCCUUGCAGAAGACUUGCACUUUCCUCACGACCAGCAUCGCGCUGCAGCUCAGCAGGGGAGAGGUGGCCACCCUCCCGGCAGCCCAGCCCUGCCCUGCCCUCCUCCGUCCGGCCGAGCCUCGCCUGACCUCUUCGGUGCUGCCCUUCCCAAAGCGAUGCCUUACUGGGUUUGUACUGACUCUGUUCCUUCACAUGAGUGUGGUGCCUACCUGAUGUUUUUGUUUUGUUUUCCCCCAUCCAAACAAACAGGGCUAAAAAGUCAUCUAUACAUUAGGAGAACUCCUCAAAUCGCUGUGACUUUUCUCAUCCGAGACUCAUUUGUGUGGAUGCAUGACCAUGGGAAAAAGAAAAAGGAAAGAAAAAAACGUCCAUGUUUUUAGGUUCUUGUCAUCUCCAGCUGACAACCUGACAGGACAAUGACCUCUGUCACCUGUCCCGUGCGCAGGAGGACCCUGCUGAUUCUUUCGGCUGGGUCUUCAGCUCACUGGGAUUCUCUUCACUGAGCGUGGCACAUCUUGGAGUUGUUUCUGCUUUACAAAGAGAAUCUUUAUUGAGCCCCAGAGAGGGUGUUUUUGUUAAUGAUCAGGGUUUUCUUCUUUUUUUUUUUUUCUUUGCAUUUCUAUUUCUGAAGGUUUGUGUCUUGACAUUUUCUUCUUGUCUCAUCAUCAGAGCUUGACCGAAACUGCUCAGUAUCACGUGGAAUAACACCCCUGCCCUUUUUUCAAAGGAGCCACCGGGGACUGUAUUCCACUUACUGGUGACUAGAACACUUUGCACACUCUCCCUGCUUAACAUCUCGGUCAACUCAAACUCUGUUCUGCUCAGCCUUCAUGACUCAUCUGGGUGUGAGUGUGUCUUGUUCUGUUUUCGUUUUUAAUAAAUCAUAUGUGUAGCCUGUGACCAGGGGCCAAACCCUGAGCCUUCUGGUAAGCCCGAAGGGUGGUCCUUCUCAGACAGUGUCCCUCCCAGCGAUGACCUUACACCCUCAUACUGUGAAUUCAGGAGGAAAUGAAACUGACCUCCUCCUUGUGGGCAGUUUUCCCAUUGACCUUGCGAGUAGACACCUGCCAAUGUUUUAUUUGAAACUUUGGGGCUUUAUUUUCCUUAAUGAUACCCUUUCUUCUCUCUACCACCCCCUACCCCAGACUUCCCUCUCACUGGGUCCAGACUCAGAACCAUGACCUGUGUCCCUGGUGCUGCCUUGUGGACAACAGUGACCCCUAGUGUAGCCCCCGUAUGGUUUCAAAACUCCAUGUCCUUCCUAGAGUUUCGGGCAGCAGGGUUGUCUAAUAUGCCUAUUUCUUGUGUUGGUCAUGUUUUUACUUUAGUGUCAUCCUUGACGAAGUGACUUUGUACUCAUUUAGGGCUCUGUCUGAAAUGCUUCCAUUUUGCCUUUUUCUACUGUCGGGCUGAUUUUGAAGUGUAUAAAAUUCUAUGCAACAUGUAAGCUGAGUUACUAAUGGAAGCCAAAAGUUUCUUCCCAAACUGCCAAGAAUUUUACAGGCCAGCCAUAAAUGAGAUGGGGAUAACUUUUAAUUUAAGGGUGGGGAUGGGGGUGGGGGGCCAAGGAACAAGACUUGCCUAGACCUUUGUCAUAACCUUGGGGACAUUUUAUUUUCUAGUUUAAUGCCUCAAACUUCUAAAUUUGAUGUAUUCAAAUUUGGCUGUGGCAAAUCUACUUCAAAAGGAAAAAUAAUCCAACUUUGUGGAUAUGAAAUGCAAGGUUUGCUGUUUUGAUGUAGUUGUUUCCGGUGGAGCAGUUUAUGAAAUAUGUUCUAUAAGAUGUACAUUUUUUCAUUGUAACAUAGAAAUUGUAAAUAACUGAUUAAAGUGCUGCAUUUUGAUGAAUUUUUUCUAGCCAUUUUUAAAGAGAAAACUAGGAAUUGAGUAUUUUGUGUACGGUAUGUUUCCAUCCUCCUGCCCCUCCCGCCUUCUUCCUCCCUAUUUAAUUUUCAUUUGUCAUGAGGUUUUUGGAUUUGCCAAUGAUCUGCUGGAGAUCAUGCCCCACGUCAUAGAGAAUAAAGCUCAUGAUUGUACCAGUCUUAAAUUAUUCAUAAUUCAAUAAAAUUGAUGCUUAUUUAUUCAAA